CGACGUUUCAAACACAGUAAACACGAUCUAGCUCUAAGAGACCAGGCGAAACAAACACUACUGCGUUUCGAGAGAAGCCGAGAGUGAGAGAGGCUACACCGAGGAGUGACCACCGACCCACCGCCAUGGCAUCGAGGCAGCAGAACACGCGUGAGGCGCGCGCCGAGGCCGACGCGCGGCGCGCCGUGGAGGAGCUGGCGCGGGCGCGUGACGAGCACCUCGAGAAGGCGGAGCUGAACGCCCGCUCUGCCGCGGACGAGAUCGCGCGCUCCCGCGCCGACCGCGGCGGCGCCGGUGGCGGUGGCAUCCUGGGGAGCGUGCAGGAGGGCGCCAGGUCCUUGGCCAGCGCCGUGGGCCGCACCUUCGGCGGCGCCAAGGACACGGCGGUGGACAAGACCUCGCAGACGGCGCAGGCCACGGGCGAGAAGCUCGGCGAGUACAAGGACUACGCCGCCGAGAAGGCUCGGGAGACGAACGACAGCGUGGCGCGGAAGACGAGCGAGACGGCGGAGGCGACCAAGGACAAGCUGGGCGAGUACAAGGACACCGCCGUGGAGAAGGCGAGGGAGACCAAGGACGCGGUGGCGCAGAAGACGAGCGAGACCGCGGAGGCCACCAAGAACAAGCUCGGGGAGUACAAGGACGCGGCGGCCGGGAAGGCGCGGGAGACCGUGGACACCACCGCCGAGAAGGCGAGGCAGGCCAAGGACGCCACCAAGCAGAAGGCCCAGGAGACGAUGGACGCCACCGCCGGCAAGGCGAGGGAGGCCAAGGACGUGACCAGGCAGAAGGCGGGCGAGUACACCGACGCCGGCAGGGAGGCCGCGCAGGAGGCCAGGGACAGGACCCGGGCCACGGCGCAGACCGCCGCCGACAAGGCAAGGGAGACGGCCAGCACUCACGACACCGAUAAAGGGCAGGGACCAGGUCUGCUGGGGGCGCUCGGGAACGUGACGGGCGCGAUCAAGGAGAAGCUGACGCUGGGGCAAGGCCAGCAGCACGUCGACGUCCGGCUGGGCGGCGAGGACGAGCGCGCGGCGAAGGAGCGCGCGGCGGAGAAGGCGGCGUCGGUGUACUUCGAGGAGAAGGACCGGCUGAUGCGGGAGCGCGCGGAGGAGCGGGUGGACCAGUGCGUGGAAGGGUGCGCCGGAUCGUCCUGCGUGCACCGCCAGGGGAAGAUGUGAGAUGGCGUGGCGCACCGCGCACGCCCCGGCCGCUACGUGCCGCGCCUUCCAGUGCCAUCCGUGCAUGGGCGUUGAGCGAUAAUAAACUGUUACACUAGUAGCCUUUCCGUGAUGUUUUAUUAAUAUCUCACUGUGACCUUCUGCUGUUAUGGCAAUGUUUUUUGUUUUCGCCCUACGUUGCUGAGCACUCUUGGUACUAGACUCCGUUUGGAUGGGAACAGCUCUGCUUUUGUACCGUAGCAGUGACUCGGUUUUUCUGUUACGUCUGCAAAUACUUAUAUGUCACAAAUUCCUUCUCAAUCUUAAA